UUGAGGAGCCCAGGAAGGAGGCUCCGCUGGUGCCGCCGGGUCAGGGGCUACCGGGACCGGGCUGCGGCAAUCGUUAACGGGUCAUGUCGGCCGCCCAGGGCUGGGACAGGAACCGCCGGAGGGGAGGAGGCGCGGCAGGCGGUGGCGGCGGAGGUAGCGGGGCCGGCGGGGGCAGUGGGGGCAGCGGGGGUCGGGGUACUGGCCAGCUCAACCGCUUCGUGCAACUCUCCGGGCGGCCGCACCUGCCAGGCCACAGACCUCCCCCAGCACGCAGUGGACAUCGUUGUGUGGCAGAUAAUACCAAUCUCUAUGUGUUUGGAGGUUAUAACCCAGACUAUGAUGAAUCGGGAGGGCCGGAUAAUGAAGAUUAUCCCCUCUUCAGGGAGCUCUGGCGGUAUCAUUUUGCAACAGGAGUAUGGCACCAGAUGGGCACAGAUGGCUAUAUGCCCCGGGAAUUGGCAUCUAUGUCACUCGUGCUGCAUGGAAACAACCUGUUAGUGUUUGGAGGUACAGGCAUCCCAUUUGGUGAGAGCAACGGCAAUGACGUCCAUGUCUGUAAUGUGAAGUAUAAGCGAUGGGCUUUACUCAGCUGUCGGGGGAAGAAACCCAGUCGUAUAUAUGGACAGGCUAUGGCCAUCAUCAAUGGCUCCCUUUAUGUGUUUGGGGGGACAACUGGCUACAUUUAUAGUACAGACCUGCACAAGUUAGAUCUCAACACCAGAGAAUGGACACAGCUGAAACCAAACAACCUGUCCUGUGACCUACCAGAAGAGAGAUACAGACAUGAAAUCGCUCAUGAUGGGCAGAGGAUUUACAUCUUGGGAGGUGGUACCUCUUGGACAGCUUAUUCCUUAAACAAGAUCCACGCAUACAACCUUGAAACAAAUGCAUGGGAGGAAAUUGCAACAAAACCUCAUGAGAAAAUAGGUUUUCCUGCAGCCCGAAGAUGUCACAGUUGUGUUCAAAUAAAAAAUGAUGUAUUUAUUUGUGGGGGCUACAAUGGAGAAGUGAUCCUAGGAGAUAUCUGGAAGUUGAAUUUGCAGACUUUCCAGUGGGUUAAACUCCCUGCUACCAUGCCGGAGCCAGUUUAUUUCCACUGUGCGGCUGUUACACCAGCUGGUUGCAUGUACAUUCAUGGAGGAGUGGUGAACAUCCAUGAAAACAAACGGACUGGGUCAUUGUUUAAGAUCUGGCUGGUGGUACCUAGCCUGCUGGAACUGGCAUGGGAGAAGCUGCUCACGGCCUUCCCCAACUUGGCAAACCUCUCCCGAACACAGCUUCUGCACCUUGGACUAACACAGGGACUCAUCGAGCGCUUGAAAUGAGGAUUUCUGGACUGUUCAUUGAUACUGGAACUGUUAAUUUAAAGAGACUCCUUUAUUUAUGGGCAGUGUAGAAUGUGCUACAAAGAGGAUUGGUUACCCUGAUCAAGGCCUUAUUCAGAAAAUACAUCAGAUGCCUUUCUGUAAAUUGGUUUUUAAGUUUAUGGACAUCUCACUUUCCCAUGUGCUUUUGUUCUUUGCUUCUCUCCCUCCUGCCCCAACACACAUUCAUACACUAAUGUAUUCCCUCUUUCUUGGUGGACUUGAGGGAAAAGUCUGAAAGUACCUUAAUAAUGUUAGGAAACAAGAUAAGGCAAAGAAGUUUUUCAAAAAGAAUUCUGAACAUAUUGAACACAUCAGUCAAUGCACUACAAAUUAAAGCAUCAUCAUCAAAAGUAAAUAAAAUUUAAAAAUCCAGCAACAGCAACAAUAGUAGUUUGGGGGACAGAAAGAGAACAGGCUAACCUUAAGAAUCCCGCAGGUCAUGCAUAAACCUGGAUAUUAAAUUGGUGUUUCCAAGGUGUGUCCAAGUGAGUAGUUGGAUGUAAUGACAGCAGUAGUUGACAUCUCUUGCUGUUGAGAGACCUAACCCUACCCUUUGGCUUUGGAGGAAAGUUAGGCAGGUUGGCAACUCCUGGUUAGUGAUUUUUUUUCUCAUUUUUAAUGUGCCAGCAGUGGUGAGAGUUGGCUUGUCAGAAAACUUAAUGUUUGUUCAUGGGCAUGCUCUUUGUUCUUGCUCUUAGAAAUUAUGGCACCAUAAGUGUUUCCGAUUGAGAAAUAAUAUUGUCAAAUCAAAGUCCUUCAGGGAAGUUUUGAGAUUCUUCUAUGCUUAUGAAUGGACUUAAAUAUCUCUCUGACUUCAUGGGGAAUCAUAGAUCCUAAGUAUGUGGUGUCAAUGCCAUGGGACAGGAGAGCAGUGCAGAGAGUCUGCCCUCUUGAAAUAUGGGGACUGGGCUCUGGCUGGGCCAGUGGGUUUUGCUGUCAGAACUUGUUUCUCUUCUAAUCCCGAAUCAAGUCCCAUUUUCUUAGGCAACUGGUCCUCGAUUCUCCCCUUAACUUGUUGCCUCCUUUUCUGCUUUAACGUGCAUGGUGCUGAAAUUAUCUAAUAUUUGGAUAAAAGAUCUUUAGGGAAAAGCCACAGAUCAUCCUUCCUGAAGAAUCAAGUAUCAUUUCAAGACUGGCAUAAGGAAAGAAUGAAACCAAGUACCUUUGCUUUUUUGCUGUGAGGUUUUAGUUGACUUGGUUUGCUUUGGUAAUUCUAAAAAGAAAAAUGACUGAAGUUUUCAGCUGCUUUGCCCUUAGGCUGCUUGAGGAGUUGAGUGUGUCACUUGCCGUGAGCAUUUGGGUGUCCCCUGGUGACUCAAGGUGCUGAGGGCAUGCAGGAGGGGACAGAGCUGGCCCUCCCACAGUCCCCUAACAACAGGAGACUCACGGCAAGAUUUGGGACACAUUUGUUCUUUAAGUGCCUCUUUUCCACCUAGCUUUUAAAGUAUUCUUCUUUUUCUUUUACCCCAGAAGGGAUUGCUUUAGCUUAUUGUGGAUUUAAAAUCACUUUUGAGUUAUGGCUAAAGUUACUAUCGUGUUCAGUUCUGGGGAAAAAGAAACCAUGGCCUCUAGAAUUCGUACUCCUAAUCUCUAGGCCUUAUGAUAGCCCAUCUGUGUUGGAUUUAGUUAAUGCAGCCUGUAUUCUGCAGUCUUGUGAUAAGCCCUCAUCUGGGGAAUGAGGAGUGUGAGGGAGAGGCAAGAAAAGGAGCAUCCCCCAUGUCUUGCCAUUUCCAGUCCCCAGGCCACAUUCAACCUCUCACUACCCCCUGCCAGGCUUGCUUCCCAGAAGGGGUCUCUCUAGAGCAAGUCAGUCUGAGCAGCUCCCUUAGCUCAGAAUGGAACUUUGCUGUGUGACUCUAGCCUCAUCUCUCACAUGUGGUAGAAUUGUAUCCCAAAGUAAACAAGUCAUGCUUUCUAGGGGAGCAAAUGGAUUUUUUGUCACUGGUUUAUACAGGGAUCAGAGACUGAAUGCUUUAGACUUCCAUGGUCUUCGGGAUAUAAGCAAGCCUCUGGUUCUGCUACACCAGAAAGUUGGAGAAAGGGGUCUUAUUCAAGCCACACUUGCUGAUAAUCCUUUUUAAGCCUUCUGAGGGCAGUCUUCUUUGAGAUAGAUGUUGGAAACCUGACAGCAAAGACCUGUGUGUUUUAAAAGUAUAGUUGUCUAGUAUGGCCAGCUCUGAGUGCACAUCUGCACGCGUUCUGAAUACCAAAUUGAAACUGUAGGUAUGAAGACUUAAAUGAAGAUGACUGGGCUCUAUGUACGGGUCACAAGGCAUUUAAUGUAUCUAUAGUCAGUGAAUUCCCAACACUGUUACCUGAUUUGGGCCAGGUUUGAGGUACUCCCAGCUGUCUUCCUGCAGUCCUGGGAAACUAAGUGCAAUAUAGAGAAACACACAUGGAUAUAUACAGAUUAUGUAGAGGGUGUGACUAUAAAGCAGCUACACUAUAAAGCAGCUACACUACUUUUUUUAAUCUGUCUUGGGGAAGUCAGUUCACUAGAGUAAAAUUAUACCAAGAAUUUUUGAUGUAAUCAUAAGCUGACUCUUGAUAAAGCUGGAUUUUGAAGUCCUUGUUUUCCUACCCCAGUUCAUAGAAAUUCUUGUUCUUGGAUUUGUUAGAAUUGAGAUAUUGUCCCAGUCAUUUCUGUGCUGUCAUGUUUGCAUGUCUUAUCCAGGAACAAGGAAGUCCACUUGCAAGGUGGUUCCUAAAUGGAGAAUUAAAACCUAAUAUUUAGUAAUACCAGUUUUCCCAUCUAUACAGUAAUUUAUCUGGUAAUGUACUACUUUAGUAAAUGACAAAAAUGAUGCUUUCUUCAUUUAAUAAAGCAUAUUCCACACCAUGGAAAAAACUACAUGUCAAUAUAGAAUUGAUUGACAUUUUAAGUAUUCUUUGAGGACUAAACAAAACUCUCUUUCACUGGCAGAAUCUUCUUUCUUCAGGAUCCAAUGACUUGAUUAAAAUUUUACUCUACACCAUUCAUGUCCACUACAUAGCUAGAUUUAAUAGUGCAAUUAUAAGCAUAUUAACAUUUCUAAGCAAAAGGUAUGUUGACAGUGACCUUUGGUACCCAGAGUAGCAACAGUAAAGCACAGAUAAUUGAAAUCCAUAGAUAAUCAGUGUUUCAACUGAAGAAUUGAUUCAUUUAUAUUUCUUUUCCCUCCUUGUCCCUUUCCCACAAACACCUCCUUUUCGAUGAGAUGAAUAAUUCGAAAAAGAAAAGGCUUACAGAGGGGCUAGCAACCAGCCAACACAUAAGCAGCCCAAUGAACUGAGCUGAGCUGUGUAGGACAACUGAUUACUAUUGAGUGCACAAAUGAAGCACAGGUGAUAACCCUCAGUUAUCAGCAUGAUCUCCUGCCCAAGUUCUGGACUGUCUGUCCUGAACCCCCAAAGAACUCAGCACCUGUGGGAAGAGAAAGCUGUAUAUGACAGACACAGGAAAUCCCAUCAUUUGAACACAUUUCAUUGACUUUUGAUCCAUCUUUGCUUUUUUUUUUUUUUUUCU